UUCCGGUCAUUUCCGUUAAAUGGCGACGACGAUGGAUAGUUCGUAUCGCAGUGUGUGGUCGUAACAUCUUCUUCGUGAUUUUGAGAAACCAAUUAAUUAUUCUUUUUGUCUAUCAUAAUUUUAUUGCUUCAGUUAGUUCAUGUAUGAUAAUUCGUUUAUAAACUUAUACGUGCAAGAACGAUAAAAUCGAAAGCAUAAGCGUACCUUUUGUCGGAUCCUUUUGUAUAAGAAUAAUGGCCGAAGUUGAAGGAAAAAAGCUUACUGAACUGCGAGUUAUAGAUCUAAAAACAGAACUUGAACGACGCGGGCUAGACAAAACUGGCAAUAAAGCAGCACUUCUCGAGCGUCUUUCCAAAGCUAUAACAGAUGAAGGUCAAGAUCCUGAUGAAUACUUGAUUGUACCUUGUGGUGGAUUAUGCAAAGUUAGCCCAAGAAAAAACAGUGUAACAGGUACAACAAAUCAAGAUGAAUCUGUUGAUACAUUAGAAAACCAGAAGGAAGAAAGUAUAGAGAUAUUGGAUACUAACGAAACAAAAUUCAAAGUAGAAACAAAGUUUGUUAUAGAGGAGGAUACAACAACAUCCAAGAUGGAAGAACAACAAAAUGAAGUCCAAAAUAAUGUUAAUAAGGAAAUGGAACACAAGCAGGAACUUAAAAAUCAAUUGAAUAAAAGUUCAAUUGAAAAUACACAGACUACUGAUAAAAAAGUAGAAUCUGAUGUAGCUACUGUAGUAAAUCAAACCACAACUAAUUCAGUUUCGACCGUUGAGGCUAAUGGUAUCGACAAUGAAGAUUCCAUCAAUCUAACUAUCGGCGAAGAUGAAGAAAAUCUCCUUGCGGAGGAGACAGAAUCUCACGAGAGGCAUAAGGAUGGAGGAGAGAAGAAGAAAGUGGAAGAAAGCAAGAAGGGAGAGUCUAAAGGGAGCAGUAGAGCAGAAGCCGGUGCCAACAACAAGGAAGGGACAACAUCGGGUGGAAACGUCGGGACGAAGAGCAAGCAGGACGGUGGUGGAGACGGAAGCAAGAGCGUGGAGUCUAGCAACAAGAGUCAAAAAAGGGAUGAUAAAGACAAGAAGACUUCACAAGUCAGCCCUGUUAAUGCAAGCAGUAGAAACUUGUGGGUAUCUGGAUUGUCUUCGAGUACCCGUGCGACAGAUUUGAAACAAAUAUUCUCAAAAUAUGGAAAAGUGAUUGGUGCCAAAGUAGUUACAAAUGCAAGAACGCCGGGAGCGAGAUGCUACGGAUAUGUAACCAUGUCCACCAGUGAGGAUGCUGCAAAAUGUAUACAACAUUUACAUAGAACUGAACUUCAUGGGCGUGUAAUAUCCGUAGAAAAGGCCAAAGGAGAUACUCAGCAGAGCCAUAUGCGCAAACGGGAUACCACGAAUGGAAAAUCCGAGAAGAAGGAAGAAAAGGAAAAAAUAAAGGAUAAUCAUGAGAUCAGUGAUCGGAAGGAUAAGGAAACGAAGAAAGAAACUGAGGAUAAAGCAUCAGAAGCAAGAACGUUUAAAUGUACUGCAACAGCGAAAAAAUCAGACGAGAAAAACAAUGAGAAUAUCGAAAAUAAAAAGAUGGACGUACAAGAGAAGAAAGAUGAAGUUUCAAAGGAUGCCGAUUCUCGGUCAACCAAGUCCACUAGCAAGAAACCGGAGAGCGAGAGAGGAAGACGCGACGAGAAGAGAAUUCGAUCCUGGGAUCAUCAUCGAUCUCACAGUCGAUCCCGCAGCCGCGAACGGCGUAGACGUGAUGACGUGCUGACAUUUGCAAAGAUCAGGGAGGAGCGAGAAAGACAAAGACUACGGGAAAGAGAGAGGAUGCUUCGUGAAGAAGAACGAAGGAGAAGAGAGGAUAUGGAGCGACAACGUGAAGUAGAACGUAGGCAAAGAGAAGAAGCUGCACGAUUGGAAAGAGAACGGGAGAAAUUGCGAAGGGAAAGAGAAAGAAUCGAGCAGGAGAAAGCCGAAUUGCUCCGACUUGAACGGGAACGUCAGAAACUGGAGCGGGAAAAGCUAGAGCGAGAAAGAUUGGAACUGAAAAGGCAACAGAUGCGUUUAGAAGAGAGCAGGCGUGCUCCGCCCCCGCCGUCCAUCAAGAGAUGUUCCAGCGAUAGAAGGGAUCCUAGAGACAUGUACGUCGAGCCAGAUAGAAAGCGAAUAACCACCGAACAUAGUCGAAAACACAUUCCGGAACGUGUGAGUGAUCGUCGUGGUGAAAUUUUGGAUCGUGUCUCAGAUAGACGGUUGGACGCGUCGCCACCUACCCGCUACGAAUCUAGUAGAUCCGCACAAGAUUUAGGGUUAAAGAAGGAAUUUAAACGCAGUAGCGAGUUCACUUCACGCAGUAGUCGUCCCGAUAGCUUUUCAGAUGUAUCUCGAGGAAGAGAAGUGAUCGUUCGCCGAGAAACUCUUGGCACGACUGCAACAUCUAUCGAUCCUCGACAAGUUAAGGAAAGAUACGAACGUGCAAGUACAACCACUUAUAAUCGUGACCGUGAUGUGAGACGUUCUGAAACAGAUACCCAUAGGAGCUCUAGGGAUAGUCAUACACGAUAUAGUGAAAGCUUCAAACCUACGGGUUCCAGCACGCCACGUGAUAGUCGUUACGUUGAAAGUAAUCGAACAACUAGUAGCUGGCACUCUGGACCUCCGUCUACAAAAUCAUUUAAUUCUGUACCAAGUAGUGGGACCCGAGAUCCAAGAAAUGAACCAUCCAGUUGGAGUUCUAGGUCCUCCGAUAAUGUAAACAGAUGGAGUAAUUCAAGUAGCAUGGGAAACACAUUACGACAUCCGGUACCACCAACGUAUCAAAGUGGUCCUAUUCAAUCUAUGGGAUUGACAGCACCUGGGACAGCGCCCUCGUACGAUCGUUUUGAUCCAUAUAAAUCGUCUAUGCCAAGCAUGAGGAAAUAUUGAUCUUGUAUCGCUGAUUUAUACCAUUAUAAUGAAUAAUUGGUGAAUUUUUGUAUCCACGUGUUUCUGAUGCUAGACACACGCGUGCGCUCACUUUCACAUAUGCACACGCACACUAAAUUAUUAUUUAUAUGAUUGUUAAAUCAGAUUUCAUUAUAUUUCAGUAAUUAAUCAUAUAUGUAAAUUUUAGUUCCAAACAGUUGCGUGCAUUUGAUUGUGAUUCGUAGAGCAGAUGCAAAUAACUCCUCUCGUGGAUAAGUGACGUGUACAUACAUGUGUUAAAAAUCAUCUUCGACGCUCGCAGUCGCGUCGCUAACCUUCAAUUAAAUUUUUAAUGAGUUGAAUGUCUCACUCCCGAUACUCGUCUAAUCUAUCAUUAAUAACGAGUUUUGAAUUCUUCGGUUCACUCUUUGUCCAUGCAAAAUUUGGUAUCAUUUUCUUAAAUAGUUUCUGAAUUUGUGAUUCAAGAGUGGAAAAAGGAAAUUGUAUUUCUACUAUUACUGUUUCUACUGCUAUUGCUAUUAGUACUAGUACUACUGCUACUGCUACUAUACUGUUAUUACUACUAUGCUCUCGUUGCUGCAAGCAGAUACUUCAGUGGUAUUCAUUGCGAUAAUGUAAACAUACAAUAUAACUUAUACGCUAUAAUAUUCAGCGUAUGUGUAAUACCGAAGUUUAAUAGAUUUUUGUACAUUUGUUAAUAGCCACGAUUUAGAGAUCUAGAAAGAGACGAUCGAAGUGGGACAAACUAUUUUUCGUUUGUCUACAGCGUAAUUACAUUUAUAAGAUAUAUUAUAUCGAUUGUUAUUUGCAACUUCUUUCAAACAGUAACGCGCAUUCAUUUACAUCAUUGGAGAUAUAUAUUCUUCUAGAGUAAUAAGACAUACCAUAUAGCGUUAUAAACAAUUACAUCGUGUACCUUCGAUUAAUUCCUUGUAGAAAUACGUACAUAUUCUCGUAAGAAUGUGACUGAACAAUUUGUAUAUUAAAUUCCACAAGACAACAGUGUAUCUUAUGACAUUGAAAUUUAGGUUCUUAUGUAAAGCACACAUACCAUGUUUCAGUAUAGCGCCAACUAUCACGAUAUAAAUAAAUUUAUGGUAUAUUAGAA